AUUGACAUGGGAGAGUAAGAGGUGAAUAACUGUGUUGUAAACUUGUCUGUUUUUGACCAAGUUUUAAGCGUAUAUUUCAGUCUGAUUUUGGCUCGCCGAAGGAUCUCAAAGAGAUAUGGCCUUGGCUUUGAUGUUGGUCACGCUUUUAGGCUUUCUACAACCGUGUUUAAUGUUCAAGAAGCAGUGUGAACCAGUGUCAAUACCUCUCUGCAGAGGCCUACGCUAUAAUUCUACUAUUUACCCAAACUUGUUGAAGCAUCGGACACAGGAGGAAGCGGGUCUCGAAGUACAUCAGUUCUUUCCUCUUGUGAAAGUCGCUUGUUCGAAUGAUUUAGCGUUCUUUCUGUGUUCUGUAUAUGCCCCGCCGUGCACGAUUAUGGAGAUUCCACUGCCGCCUUGUCGACAUCUGUGUGAGAGCGCUCGGGACGGUUGUGAAAAGUUGAUGGCCAGGUUCGGGUUUACAUGGCCAAUCUCUCUAAAAUGCAGCAACUUUCCAGUGUUUGGGGAAGAAAUGUGUAUUGGAACGAACAUCAGCAAAGAACUCAACCCAACUGACAAAGUUGACACAAACCAAACCAUUGUUACUGUAGACAAGACUAAGAUGAGGUAUAUCUGUCCAGAAGAGCAAAAGAUUGGCAACGAUCAGUAUGUCUUUCACGGAGUGAAACGCUGCGCAUCUCCGUGUAAGAAUGUAUUUUUUACAGACGCUGAACGAAAGAUAGCACAGAUGUGGACAGGAAUAUGGGCAAUUCUUUGUGCGGUGUCAACUUUAUUCACGAUAUUAACAUUUCUGAUCGACAUGCGGCGUUUUCGAUACCCUGAAAGACCGAUUAUCUUUCUCUCUGGAUGCUAUUUUAUGGUUUCUAUCGCCUUCAUCGCGGCGUUUGUCGCUGGGGAUAACAUCGCGUGUAAUGAGCCACUCAAACCAGGCUUUGGGAAAACUCUAGUACAAGGGACGAAACACGAAGGAUGUACCGUGAUUUUUAUGAUGCUAUAUUUCUUCAGUAUGGCCUCGUCUAUUUGGUGGGUCAUUCUGACAGUUACGUGGUUUCUAGCGGCCGGKCUCAAAUGGGGGCAAGAAGCAAUCGAGGCAAAUUCUCAGUUCUUUCAYUUAGCGGCAUGGGCCAUCCCAGCGGUCAAGACUAUUGCUAUUCUAUUAAUGACCAAAGUAGAGGGGGAUGAAUUGAGUGGAGUGUGCUACGUUGGGAUCUCUGAUGUCAACGCGCUCCGUGGUUAUGUUUUGGCACCGCUGUUUGUGUACUUCAUCAUAGGAGCUACUUUCCUUCUUGCGGGAUUCGUGUCACUUUUUCGUGUGCGAUCAGUUUUAAAAGAUGAUUAUAGCAAGCGAGAAAAGAUCGAGAAGCUUAUGAUUCGAAUAGGUGUCUUCUCGAUAUUAUACACCGUACCAGCAGUAGUUGUUAUUGGGUGUUUAUUCUACGAACAAUCAAACAGAGCACGAUGGGAUAAUUCAUGGUUUGAAGCUUGGAAACGUCAAAAAGAGUGUCAAGAAAUUACUAAAGGUCUAAACAAAGAUAUUUCUUGUCCAACCUAUCCGCUGCCUGUGCAAAAGCCAGACUUUACCGUGUUUAUGGUCAAGUAUUUAAUGUUUCUCAUCGUUGGCAUUACAUCAGGUUUUUGGAUAUGGUCAAGUAAGACUCUAAGCUCAUGGAAGAGGUUCUAUCAUCGAGCAUUCCGUUGCUUCACAGGGAAUCGAUCGAGUGUGUGAUUUACAUUUUAGCCAGACAUUACCAAUCAAAGUAUAAAGAUGUAAARAAGAUCUAUAUAAUCACACUAACUUUCGAAGUGUGAGGCACACAGUCACGGAUGCCUAAAGAGAUCGACAAUGAUACCACUAAAAAGUAUGAAGCAAGAUUUUGGAAACAAAGAGGUUGUCGUUUCAUGAAAAACUKAGAAAACAAAACACAGUCAAGAACAAGACCAUUCAUCAACUUUGGCUAUGAACUUCAAACGUUUCCGCACAAAGAACUUUUGAAAGAAGUAAUGCGUCCGCUUCCUAAGGAGCAAACAAUAGUUUUAUGCAUUCUGCACACAGCAAGAGAAUGCAUUGAAUUUCCUCCGAAUGUUUCAACCUCACGUUUCACUAUAGGAAGUACACUUUUGGAAAAUUUCUUAUAUGUUUAAGAGUGCCAUGCUGAUUUUUCUUUGUCUUAUAAAGUUUAUUAGACAUAAGCUUUUUGUAUCUUUGGUGUAAUGAUUAUUGAUCACGAGAUAAUUUUGUCAUAAAUUUUCCAAAGCGUAGUUCUGUGUAUACAGAURCAUAGAGAUAUGUAUAACUUAUUGUAUGUAAGAAUAUAUAGUACGUGAAGUUAUCAUCAAUUUAAAACGAAGCACAUACAAAAGCUUUCUGUUGACCUUUUCAAUGCAGUUUUAUUCCAAGUGGCUUAACACUGCGAACACUUUAAAGGGGCUUGUAGGAUUUGGGUGMUAACAAAUCCGUACGUGUAAAACGUAAGCACGGUCGUGAAAACACUUUAAUUACUAGUAUUUUAAUGGCUCUUAUAGUCAAGAAGAUUUUUAUAAAUAAAACGUUUAAGAAAGUAAUGAGGCAAGACAACCAAUCAUUAUGCCAACAUUGUUAUCAGAGGUAGACCAUGAUGUGGCUCUGUAUACAACAAUGRUCUGUCACUGAAGGAAUUGUAUUACUCUUUGUUAAUUUGCAUUUUGUUGGRGGCAUUAUGUUUACAUAGGCAAAAGCUAUGAAUACAACAUGACAUGUCCUUAAAGUCCUUAAAAUUAAAGCAACCAAAGUGUUUGAGAGAUCUUGAAUUAGCCCAUCCCACUGAAUAAGCUUGAAAGCCUUGCUUCAUUUUUUUUAUUUCAAGAGUUUAAAUAAUUAUGCAGUAAAAUCUUUUACUCMUUGUUUUAAUGCUUGAGGUAUACUUUAGAAGUAAGGUAUCGUGAACAGUUAAGAAGUACUAACAGCUGAGAAAGAACAUGCUUUACUUCAAAACCUUUGUGGUCACAUCUAACAAACAUAGACCAUAAAAUAACACUUAUUUAAAUCUCAAAGCACUUUAUCAAUCAUUUAUAAUCAUAGCAACACACGGUGUAAUACUAGAGYUACGUUUGCUAAAUUUAUACUGGGGUAUAUAUUACCUACACUGGCCCCAGAUGUUUGUUCUCUUCUCAAUUCAGCUUAACUAUGGCWUUAGAGAGAAGAGUUGAAACCUCUGGGUCUAGGUUAACCCACACAAGUGAGUCGAGAUAGAUUACCAUAUUUUGACUUUUUAAUUCAGUUUUGUCUCAUGUAAAGUUUUUUUUUAGAAGUGUUAAUGUUUCUCUCAUAGAUAAUGACAUAUAGGAAUUUUAAUUGUACUUGAGGCUCUGUCCUCAUAUWAUAUCGAAGUUCAAAUAUCAUUAGUUUGGUAAAUAAUAAAUUCAUUAAAAAUA